AUGGGCACCAGGGACCCGGGCACGGGCAUCGAGCUACCGAGGAAUUUGGCUCAGCCACAAUGGCCUUGGCCAAGUGCUAGUGAAUUAGUUGCGAGAGCCAGAUACUCGAACGUGGGCACACGGAUCUCGAAGCCAGUUAAGGGACCCAAGCUGGGCCUUUGUGGACCCAAGUACAGGCACCGAUGUCUCCAGCUUGACUUCGAGGGACCUGGGCUAGCCUUUGUGGUCUCGUUGGUCCACAACCACAUCAAGAGCUCAAGCAUCAUCGUGAAGGCUCCGUCACUUAACGCCAAGGUUUGCCACUUCGUGACCGCCGAACUGUGCAUUGAAGCGGCAACCCCAGAGCCAGAGGAGGAGGAGGAGAGCGGAUCCGAUCUCGUGGGCGGCCAGAAGUUGAAGAGGACGAGCAGUAACUCGCACACGUCUGACAGCCAUGUGGGUCACCGGACCACCAAGACGGCGCACGAGGCCUCGAGCUACAUCAAAUGGCGCUUAGGAGGCAGGCCUGAGGACGCGAUCUUGUUCUGCGGAUCAGGAUCCACCGGGUCGAUCAAGCGGCUCCAAGAAGUCAUGGGCAUUGCAGUGCCGUCCACCCUAAGAGAGAGGAUGAAUAAGUGCACGCCAAGCGAAGAGAGAUGGGUGGUCUUAGUUGGGCCUUAUGAGCACCAUUCCAACCUUCUCUCGUGGAGGCAAAGUCUAGCAGAGGUCAUAGAGAUUGGACUAGAUGAAUAUGGGUUGAUAGACAUGGAAGAUUUAAGGCAAAAGCUCGAGUCUUAUCGAGAUGCAAACAGGCCAAUUCUGGGUUCUUUCUCAGCUUGCUGUAAUGUAACAGGGAUUUACACCGACACAAGAGCUGUUGCGAAGCUGCUUCACCAAUUUGGUGCCUUUGCUUGCUUUGAUUUUGCAGCUAGUGCACCUUAUGUAAAAAUCGACAUGAGAUCAGGGGAAAUCGACGGUUAUGAUGCUAUCUUCCUGAGUGUGCACAAGUUCCUAGGGGGACCUGGGUCUCCGGGAAUUCUACUCAUGAGCAAGGCUCUCUAUCAUCUGGGGUCAUCUCCCCCGUCAACCUGUGGAGGAGGAACUGUUGACUAUGUGAAUGGCUUCAAUGAAAAGGAUACAUUAUACGUGGAAGACAUUGAAGAAAGAGAGAACGCUGGGACUCCACAGGUUAUUCAGAUCAUAAGAGCAGCAUUGGCAUUUUGGUUGAAAGAUUACGUAGGAUAUGAAGUGAUUGAGAAACUGGAGGACAAGUACAUCAACGAAGCCAUCAAAAGGCUGUCCAGAAACCAGAACAUAGAGAUUCUCGGGAACAAAACUGUUAAGAGACAAGCUAUAUUGUCUUUCCUGAUAUACUCAACAACUUACUCGCCACCAGAUGGCGGUAAGAAGGGAAGACGGAAAGCACUUUACAUGUGGGGAGAAACGGGGAACAAAAGAGAUAAGCCUCUCCACGGACCUGUCGUUGCCAUUCUCCUCAAUGACCUCUUUGGCAUUCAAGCAAGAGGUGGGUGCGCUUGUGCCAGUCCGUAUGGUCAUGCGCUACUUGGCAUCAGUGGAGCUCAGUCCCAUUCAUUUAGAAGUGCCAUUCAAAAGGGUUUUGCUGGAGUGAAACCUGGAUGGACCAGAGUGAGCUUUCCCUACUACCUGUUCAAGGAGGAGUUCGGGUACAUUAUUGCUGCACUGGAGUUUGUAGCCUCUUAUGGCCACAGGUUCCUUCCGCUCUGUCAUUUCAACCUGAAAACCGCCAACUGGACCUUCAAAAAGAAGGCACUUAUAAAGAUUGUAGGGAAAGAAAGAAAGGGCAACAUUUGUAUCUUGGAGGACAAUCAGGCUGGUAAAAAUCUCAAAGGAGACGAUAAACAAGAGAGCCUCAUCAGGAAGUAUACAUCAUACUGGGAGAGUGCAAAACAUACGGCAGGUCUCCUCCCCAAAUUUCCCUCCCUGCGCAGGUUCCAGGUAGAAAUUGAUCCACAGCUACUGUACUUCCGCAUCUAG